AUCCUACGGAAGCAUGCCACGACGCGCAGUUACAUAAACUCGGGGAAGAACUGUUCGGCGAACGUCUUCUCGGUGCAAAAACGCUCGCUUCGCGUUCUCCCUCGCUUCUUCGUCACUUUCCUGCUGACCUGAAGGCGCCCCGCCUCAUUUCCGUGCGCAACUCAGGACGCCCACGUCCGGCAUGGCAUGCCCCCUCUGCACGUAUAAAUACUUGGAGUGCAGCGACUGAUCAAACCAGUCGAACGACAUAGUUCAGCGCCCCCUCAGCCUCUCUAACAACCACUCUCGCUCGCCAAGCAACCAAUCACUCUUUACCCAAGAUGUUCUUCUCUCGCUCCACCGUCUUCGUCGCCCUCUCUGCGCUCGUCGCCACCGCGGCUGCCGCCCCGAGCACUCUGCCCGCCAGCCAGUGCAACACCGGCUCUAUCCAAUGCUGCAACAGCACCCAGAAGGCUAGCAGCGCCGGUAUGAGCGAUCUCCUUGGCCUGCUCGGCGUCGUCGUCUCGGACGUCACCGCCCUCGUCGGCUCCAACUGCAGCCCCAUCUCCGCCGUCGGCCUCGGCGGCAACAGCUGCAGCGCCGCGCCGGUCUGCUGCGAGAACAACCAAUUCAACGGCCUGAUCGCGCUCGGCUGCGUCCCCGUCAACCUUUCGCUCUGAGCGCGCGGUGGACAAUUCGAUUACCCUAUACUCCCACACCUAGUACCGCUUUCUGCGUAGCGAGUAGUGUCAGCGGCUCCUAAAUGGCAUUUUUUUUCCCG